AUGGUUCGCGGCGCUGAGUACGACAACGGUCUGCCCCAGAGCGACAACCCCAUCGAGAACGGUCCCAACAAGGCCCACGGCGUUGGCAACGAGUCUGCCGACCUCAGCCGCGCCCACAAGACCGCCCCCAUGCCUGAGGAGACAGGUUCCGGCCGUGACGUCUUCCCCAGCCAGCCCAGCGGCGGCUACGAGAACACCUCCGGCAGCGGCAAGGGCGGUCACGAGCCCAAGUCCACUGGCGAGAAGAAGGGUUUCGGUGCCCUCCCCGGUCAAUAG